AACAGUGUUGCACAAAUUCACAAAAUCUUCCCUCUUCUCGUUUUGAUAGCUUUCCCACCUCUUCCUCUUCUCCCCCCGGAGGAGAGUGAGAGACCGCAGAGAACACAGCUUUCGCAGAAAAAACCAAAAGCAAAUUCUCUCUCUGUGAGACCUAGGGUUCCGCUCCCACCUUUGUUACGGUUCCUCGCUCCCCAUUCAGCUCCAGUUCUACGCACACCAGGCGGAGAUCAACGUCGUUUUGCACCUUGAUUCAACUCUCGGAAUCUUCACGUUUCUUCACAGAAUUUGGGGGGUUCUUUAUCGGUGUUUUCGUGGAGAAAAUUGUGCACGGAUUGAGAUAUUCAAAUUACUUUUCUCAAUGGUAUGCUCUAUUGGAAGUGGGAGAAUGGCAGUCAUGGCAAGGCUUCUUGCAGCUGGGAGCUUCUCGCAAACAAUGGCAGAGGAUGUUGGGCACCAGAAAUUAGCUGCUCAAUACAUCUGUAGAGAACUACGUGAUGCAGAUGAAGCAAAUUUGCUUGACGAAGAAGAUAUGCAUGUCUUUGGUUUGAAGCCUAUGACAGAACCUUUGCAAUUGGUAUGUUGCAAUGCUUGCAAGAAGCCUAUCAAGGCCAGUCAAUAUGCAGCUCAUGCAGGACUCUGUAGGUCACUAAAUUCUGCAGAAGAAAAUAUUUUGGAGGUUAAUGGCAGUACGGGGAGCAGGAAACCCCCAAGGAAGGAGAGGAAGAAGUUACUAACUGCUUAUGCUAACCAAACUACUCCAGUUGGGGAGCAAGAAAAGUCUCAACCCAUAGAUGCUGAUGUUGCUGCUGCGUCAGAAUCCCAAUUGGACAGUCAAAUUGGAAUAGCUUCCUUCGCCCUGGACGCAAAACCCUGUGUAGAUGUGGCAUCUAUGAUGGAUGUUUCAGGAGUUUGUACUGGAAAUAUGGACCACCCAGCUUGUGUAAUGCUGCCUCCAACAAAACGUUCUAAAUUGAUAGCAGCUGGGCAUCAACUUCUGUUAGAUGAUCUAGAAACGGCAUCUGGUGUUGCAAAAAUCACAAAUAUUCCAGUUCCUCUUGCUACGAAAAUAUACUACUCACAAAGAAAUAAUCGUCACCGAUCAACACUUGCUCAUCUUUACCGUGAGGCAUCAACUAAGGAACUUUGCAAUGACAUGGUGAGUUCAAAAAUAUCACAAGAGAACAUGAUUCCAUUACAGUCUUCAUCUCCAAGGGACACUUCGGUUGAACCAAUGGAUGAGAUGCUCAACAGGAAGAGACAUACAUACACCAUGUCUUCUGUGCGAAGUCCUGAUCAAAUUCUUGCACAAAGUUCAGAAGUAUGCUUGGGUAAAACUGGAGGGUUACUCUCAGCCAGUAACUUCUCAAAUCAGUUUCCUGUUGAUAAUGCUCUGAGGCCUGAGGCUGCUUCUGUUGGAUUGACGAGAAGCAAAUAUGUUUCAAAGUCUUAUUCUUUUGCAGGCAACACAGGAAAACCACUGGGGACCAUGCAGCAGCCAAAUGGAAGUGUUCCUGUUAUAUAAGAGUCCUGGUGGGUUUUUUGCUAGGCAAAGGUGUAAUUAACCCGACACAUGAGGUUAGGAAUUAGAAUCCCAUUUUGAAAUUGAUAAAGCAAAUCAGUCAAAUUGUUUAUUCCAGCCUUCUGCACUGUACACCUAUGUUUAUAAUUAAUGAAAAUGAAGAAAAAGAAAUUUUCUGUUC